AUGUCCUACAUCACUGGACAGGAAGGGUUUUCACUCAUUGGUAGCAAGAACUGGUUGAAGAUUGUAAGACGCGUGGACUGUCUACUGUUUGGAACAACGAUAAAGGACAAGAGCCGCAUGUUCCGCGUGCAGUUUGGUGGCGCGUCGGCGGAGCAGGCGCUGGAGCACUGCUGCAGCUGUGUGCAGAGCCUGGCCCAGUACAUCACCGUCCAGGCGCCCGACGGGGCCGGCCGGCAGCUCGGGCUGCAGCCUGGCCCACCGACGGCGGGGGGAGGCCCAGGGCCGGGCCACAAGCCGAGCGUCCCCGGGCAGCAUGGAUCCCAGCAGCAGCCGGAGCAGCAGCAGUGGGUACUAGCCAGCACGAGUGCUCCAAGAAGGACCUCGGUGAGCCAGUUAGCACAGUCUCUCCUGGCGUCAGAGGAGCUGCCCCUGGUCUACGAACAACCUGCGUGGAGCGUGGAUGAGCUAGGCCCCUUCCUACGCCUGUGCCUCUUGGACCAGAAUUUCCCAGCCUUUGUGGAAGAGGUGGAAAGGGAACUGAAGAAGCUGACGGGGCUGGGGAAUUAG